CUGUACAUUUACAUAGAAUGGCCCAUACUACCGACAACCAACAAUUCCCGUCAGGUUUCUUUUCUAUUUUGGGCACUUCUCUUAGUUCGGUUGAGAAAGGAUAGGAUCGUAGGAUCCAUCAUCAUACCGUUUUCUAGAUUUAUCAUAUAAACUUUAAAAAACUUAAAUAUUUGUUUUCUUUUUCUAUCUGCGGAUAUAAAUUCCGAAUAUGGAUCAUUGUUAUUCCAAGCAAAAACAGCAACAAAAAGAGAGAAUUCCAUCAGUAUUUGGCACCACUGAUCAUAGCUACAACAAAAUAUGUGACAAUACUUCUAGAACUCCAACAAACAAUCGUAAGAGAGAAAGAAGUACACCAACUGGGAAAACUCCUCAACAGCCUUCAAAAAUUGGAACUGCAGUUUUAUCUGGCCAGAAGCGCAAUACUCCUUGGACAGAUCCAGAGAAAGAAUAUUUCAUACAAUAUGUCAAGCACACACCACGAAGUGAAACACUUACAGAUUACUGGCAGAAAUGUGCUUCUGCCAUGAAUGCCAAAUUUCCAUCUGGGAUGCGUAAUGGGCAUGCAUGCAAGAGUUUGGCACAAAGGCUAUAUAUUAUCCCGAGUACUCGUUUAAGCACAUCUGAUUCUGAAACAGUAACUGUACCAGGCUGCUGUUUAUUACCAUCAACUGUAGAUGUUAGUACGCAGACUACAUUAACACUCCCUGUAAACACUGAUUGGGCUGAGGAUUGUAAAUCUGGUGACUGGGUGUUUAUAGAGCCUAAAAAGCAACUUCAGGAAAAUGCAAGCAUUGCUGCAGAUGUACUGAAUAAAACAGCACUAAAGCGCUUAAGACAUUACCCCAACAUGACUCCCAAGGAGAAAGCAGGCUUAAUUGACUUACUAUGUACUGGAACAUCACGCCAGGUAGCCAGGGCUAUUAUGUCAUCAUCACUUGCUAAUGAAAUCAAUACACUGAUAAUAUACGACACUGAGAUGGAUGCUCGUGAGUGUUCGACAAAAGGCAGUACUCUGCGCAGUAAACAGUAUCAAAGUCUAGGAAACUUUAAUUGGACAGAUAUUAUUAACGAACUUGUGGUAAAACAAAGCUUCCUUGCUGAAGUGCUGCUUGCAGUGGCACUGCCAUCAGGAAAAAUAGGAAACACCAAGGCAACAGAAGGGCUGGUUCCUGUCAUUGGAACUGUAUAUGGAAUGUUGAUGAAACAAAGAUUUCAUGAACUUUCUGCUAUCCAGAAAGUCAUAUCGAUUUCUCUAGCUAAUGAACAGGCCCACCAAAAGAUGUUAGAGUUCCAGUUUGGUACAUUGUUGUUUUGUUAUGAAGUUCAUUUCACAACAAAUUUUUCAAAUUCAGCCACUUGGUGUGUCAUUGAGUCACCAAGGAAUGUUAGAGACCAUGUCAGCAAUCUCCAACAGCUUCAAUACAGAACUAACAGAGCGUGUUAAACAGGGAAAGAAGUUCCGUAUAGUAGGGGACAAUGUUAAUUUUCACAUGGGAGUAGCUCAAGCGCGAAAAAAUACUGGGAAAGUGAGCCAGAUGGAACCCUGGUUUGGCUCGGCUGCAAUUGUUCAAAAUGUAUCAUUUCCUGAUUUACCAGGAACACAUCCACAACAUGACCUUCGGUAUUUACCUGCAGCAACUUUCAUGCUUGAUGAACAGGAAUGGAAUGGCAUCAUGUUUAAGUUUUCUUUAAUCAUGACUAGGAUUCUAGUUGAUUUCUUCCCAUGGCUGAAGUUUGCCAAGUCUGCAGUCAGUCAAGUCAUUGAUGACAUACCUGAGGGGCUAAAAGAACCAAACCUAGUUAUACCUCUCCCCAUUUUACAUAAAAAUGAACAGAAGUACGCUGAAAUUGUGGAUAUCUUAGACUCAUACCAGGAAUUGUGUGAGACAACAUAUGAAGCUGCUGAAAAGCCAUUACAGGAAGUCCACAUAGGUGGUGUCCAACUCACACGAGAGCGUUUUUCUGGAGCUAAGCGGCUUAGAGCUGCAGCUCUUUCAGAAACGGAGCGAUUUGAGAGUCUUUUUCCAAUUACAUUUGAAUUGUUUCAUUUGCAAAUGACUGUUUUGACUACCUUCUAUCAGAUAUUGUAUGAUACACAAAACACAGAAUCUUUCACACUACACAGUCAAAAGAUUCGUUUGUUAAGGAAGGAUGCAGAUGGGAAUGAUGUGAAAAACCACUAUGACAGCUGUAGAGAAUUAGCAGUUUCUGUAAUAAAAGCUUAUGUAAUAGAAGCAGCAUGUGAGCAGUUUGGACUUCCAGACACUGAAGUAGUACCAGAAAACAUUCCAGAAUACCAGAACAUGUUCAAUGAGGAGAUUAAGCUUUGGCUAGUGAGUCAAGUCAGUCCAGUCAUUAUCAAUAUUUGUUCAGUCAGUAGGGAUGUAAUGAAUGGGAAUUACGUUGAAAACACCAAUACAGAUUAAAUAAACAGCUAUGGCAAAACUGUGAUAAAAUUAGGCUUAGUUUACAUGGAAUUAUGUGACAUUGUAAAGGCACCAAGUCGUGACCGUCUGUUAUGUUUGAUGAAGUGCCUUUUGCUGAUAUUAAAAGGACACAACAAUAAAUCAAAAUAUGCACUAGAACGUCUUCGGUUUUUAAGUCAACAAUUGGCACUUUUAAGUGAACGAGCAGCAAAUGAGGUCUGUUAUGGACUUUUUGUUAACACUGGAAAAUCUAUUAUUCCAGCUGAUAUGCAAAUGGAACAUUUGGUAAGGUUGACAAAAUGCCAUUUACGAACAAUGUGCUCUAAUGAAACUGACUCUUCUCUAGCUAAACGAAGCAGUGCUUUCUUUGGAAUGGACGAGAUAUCCAAAAACAUUGAUAAAGAAACAUCUUCAAUUAAGCGUUCACAAAAGCAUAAAAGGCUUUCUUCUAUAGAGGACGAACAGAAAAUUAUCAAAGAGCUUAGGGUAGUAAGACCCUUUUUAAAUAUACCGGGUCGACAUACUGAAACCUUGAAAAUGACAAAGAACCCUAUAACAAAAUUAAAUAUGGAGGCUUUGAUCGAAUGGGUUGAACAUUAUAAAUUGAAAUUCUAUUAUGAGCUGUAGAGUGAAAUUGUUAUACAGAAGUAAGUGACGGGUAUGUUUUGCAUGUGAAAAUGAUACAAAGUCUAGAUUUCUCAUAAUAUCUGACUGGCAUGGUGUGGAAUACACUCGUCAUGCUCAUUUUGUGACAUUAUAUAAAUAUCAUACGGCAGCGUGUGACAUUGAUAUUGUCAACCGAGGGCAGAAUGUCACCUGAGGCGAAAGCACAGUGGUGACAUUCUGUUUCAAGGGUUGACAAUAUCAAUGUCGCACACGCUGUUGUAUGAUAUUUCUUUUAUUAUACCG